GCUUCCCUCUCUGCGUCCCAAACAAAGUGUCACAAAGAGCUCGGCCGGCGGCAGCGGCGGAGGCGGCUGCAACUCAGCUUUUGUUCUCCCGGCCCGGGUAGCUGAGCCCUGGCCUCCCAGUCUCCCGACCCUGUCCCCCAUCAUCCUUCUGGUUUAUCUUCCCCGGGAGGGGUCUGGGGUGCUGCUGGAAGAACCUCUUGCACAGGAUGAAAGGUCUUGCCCUACUUGCCAAUCUACUUCUGGGAGGGAGAUUUUCCCAGAGGCUCUCCUACCCACUCCCCACCCCCUAAUCUGAGAACUGAGGUUCAUAUGGGUGCCAAGACUCUGACCUUUCUAGGGUCAGCUCCAGCUAAAGGGGCUUAGGGCUGGCUACAUGCCCCCUCCCCCAAAUCCAGGUGUUCCAGAACUUUCAGAAGAGGGGUCAAGUUGGGACAUGCCCCUGGGAUAAGAUUCUCCAUGGUGGGGUGGCUGUAGGUGAGCAGGUGUACCUUCCUCUCACCUCAUGCUGUACAUUUGAAACCCAUGACUGAGGUCUGUAACCCCAACUCAGGGCAGUGAGGAUGGAGGGAAGGAGUCUUUCCCAAGAACUCAAUCUAAAAGGUGGGCAAGCUAUGCUGUGGGGUCAGUUUGGGGGAGCCACCUGAGCAAUGAGGUUCAGAGGGCCAUGGAGAGGAGACCAUAAAAGUGAACUACUGGCAUGUCUGUGUAAUAAAGGUGGUCUUGACUCUAGACCACCUAAGGAGUUUCCUUUUAACUCUAUCUAGUGCAGCGUUAAUCGAUUGUUAGGGGACUUGGAAGGUAUAAGGAUUCUCAGAGGGAAAAACAUCAAGUACAAUAUUAGAAAUGACCAGAGGUGGAGACCUAGUCACAAAUAUACUUCAAGUCCUGAACACUUGCCCCUUACACUUUGACCCUAAAAACUUUUGAACCACAAAGCUUGAGGGACCAUCUUCAUGGUCCUCCAGUCAGCAGAUGCUUCUAUGUACUUGUCCCAGUUGUUUCUAAGAGUCUUCUCACCAACCCUUCCAUCCUUCCCUACUCAGUAAGGUUUGAUGGUCCACACCAGCUCUCCUAGCACAUAAAAGGAAUUGGCCUGUUGCUUUCGAAAGAUUUUGGAUCCCUAUCCCUGGCCCUGUAUCCCUAUAGAACCCAAAUAAGGGUAAGAUAACCCUUGAUUCCCUGUGGGGGUGGAAAGUAGGUCAGUGCUACUGUCUGGCUAAGUGUCAUGGAUGGUGUUUAGGCCUGACUAUAGAAAUUGGCAUGACUAUAGAAAACUCUGACUAUUGCCCACAGGCAAUACAUGCAUAAUCUAGGUCCCAAGUCAGUUCAUAAAAUCUGGGGCUCUGUCAGUGCUUUCUCCUAUUGAGAAAAACUCAUGGGAUCAGGUUCUUGGGACCCCAUUUGGUGAGGAGAUGAUUCAGGAGAUCUUGACUGGGCCUAGGAGGGUCUCAGUGGUUUUGUUGAUUUGAGGCCACCCUCUGGGGAAACUUUCCCUUCUUGGGAAUUCAGCUUCAAUUUGGGCCUUCUUGUAUAUCACUGGAUUUCCAUCUUGGAAACUGCUAUGUGCAAAGCAGGUUUUUUGUUUUUGUUUUGUUUUGGGGGAGGAAGCUUUUGCCCAAUUCCUACUCUACUUGCCUUGGGUAUGAGGUCAGCCUCCCGUGAGGUAUUUUGUUUACUAUCGUAUAGGCAGUUUUAGGGGCCCUAGAAUCUUCUCAGAAUCAGAGUAUGUGCCCAUAGGUUAGUCAGCUAUGACCAUGCAGUAUUCCCAGCCUCCCCCCUCCUCCCCCACCAUCUGCUUCCUCUGAAUAUACCAGAUUGGCUGUACACCAGGAUGUUCCGGGAAUCCCCAGGAGAGCAACAGAAUGUGAUGGACCCAAAUACGAUGCCUCAGUAACUCAUUCCAGGAUGUACAAACUGUAACUGUCAGAACACUCCUUAUAGCUAAUUAAAAUUCUUCUAGUUACAUCUAUUUUCUAUUAUAUCUGUCUAUUUUCAGUGACAUCCAAAAGGCCAAAAUAAUCCCUCUGGUACCACUAUUUUUUUUCCCCCUCUAUGGUUUCCAGAUAGGAAUUUUUACAAAUCCUCUGGCUUUUCUCAGUGCCUUAUCUGUGGUGCUAAAAUGGCAAAUGUGGCCCCUCUAGUACUUCAUUGCUCUAUGGUACGGAGGUGGCCAAAGUGGCUCCUCUGGUAGCCCACUGCACUCUCCAUGGUACUGAAGGAAUGACCAUUUGUUUCAGCAUCUCUCUGGGGUCCAGAAGAGUCCUGUGACUCAGAACCACAAAACUUUUGAACUGGAAGGGACCAUCAGUAUAAAUUAGUCCAACCCUCUUAUUUUACAGAUGAGUAAACCAGGAGGUUAAGUGAUUUACUGAGGAUUGCAGGGGCUAUUAAUGGUCUGACUGGGCCCACAGUAGUCUUGCAGCCCUCAGUCGUACUCUAAUUCACCUUUCAUUAUACUACUCAGCGAACUUGGCUAGGCUCUUGGUCUCAGUAAAGGGGCUUAUUUGGAGGAUCCAGAAAGUGAGGGUGGAUGCCUUAAUUUGGAGCUACAGAAAUACAGAUAUUAAAAGUGGUGCUGGAGGUUGUUUACUGAUCCUUGGACAAAGACAUUUUGUUAAUUAAUCUCUUAAUAAAAUUCCCAUAAUGCAGAUUCCAAAUGUAACAGGUACCUGCCCCUUCAUAGAGUCUUAUCCUAUCUACUAAAUGUCAAAAAUUAAAGAAGCCUUGGAUCUCCAGAGCCUUUUCUCGUUGCAGGGCUGACUCCUGGCUCAGUUCUCUUCUAUUAAAGAUCCUUAAGCAAAGUAAUGCUGAGUCCUUUUCUUUCUCAGUAACCGAUUUCAGUUUCACAAUGCCUAUUGUAAGGAAGUUCUUUAUAUCUCAAAUAUUCUUUGUCUCAGGCAAUAAAAAAAAAAAAAAAAAAGGGUAGGCCCACAUUUGUCUAGCCUUGACCAGAUACAAUUCUGUAUGUAAGUAAGAAAGGUAGACUGGAUGAUUUCUGGUCCAUUCUCCUAGGCCUAUUUCCAUGAAUCUUAAUUCUGGGGUUGCUCCUAAGUCCUAAUGCUAACCUCCUCUGCAGCUUAGAAUCAGGAGAUUCCGCCCCCCCCCCCCUCCCACUGGCCACCAAGUCCUCUUCCUCUCACUGCUCUUCAUCCUCAGAACUGGAGCUCUGUACAUCCCAGGCCCAGAGAAUUUUAGCCUGGAGAACUUUAACCCUUUCCAGCUCAGAGUAUGUGCUGAGCCCCUAUCUGUGCAGAUGGCCCAGCCCCGCCCCCCGUCCCUCACUCCAGCCUCUUGAGCUCAGAGCCUGUGUAAUCCUCCUCUUGUGUGAGGGAGCCUCUCCCCUGCAGAGAGGAGGAAAGCCUGCUUUGGAACAGCCCUGGACAAAGGGGCUGAGAUGCCCCAUCAAACUGCAGGCUCCAAGGUUUGAAACAAGGGAAUGAAUCCUAUCCGGUAUUUGCAGUUUUUAACCCCUUCCCAAAGCCAGCAGCGCCCCUUAACUUCCACUCCUCCCCCAACUCUCUUCAUUCCCUCUCCCUCUGGCUCUCUCCCCCUUCAUGCCCCUCCCCCUCUGUCUGUCUCCAGACUCUCUGCUGCUGGGAGGUGUUUCUCUCCCAUGCAUGAAUGAGUCUCUGUAAUGAAUGGAAAUGAAUGGAUCAGGAAUCCAGGCGGAGGGAGGAAGAAAGAGGGGGAAAGACAGAAAGACAGGGUAAAGGCAGAAGGAAGAACUAUGGAGCCUGGAAGAAUGUUUGGCUGGCUGGUCAGUUAGCGGUCUGAGAGCAACUGGUCCCACUUGGAUAACUGGGGAGCAUGGCAAGCCCACCCCAUUUGCUCUUCAAGCUGCACAGCCCAACCUAAAUGAGAGAAGGGUAUACUGUGAUGGUCUUCUCCACCACGAGGGUGGAGAGGAAGUUGGGGGGGCGACUUGGUGGUGGUAGUGGUUGUUCUGGACAAGGCAUUUAAUAUGAAUAAUUUGGGGGAAGAAAUCUGGGUUAUCAGGGAGACUUGAGGGCAAAUAAAGAAGUACAAGUUUUGAAGACAGCAGCCCCCUCCUGUCUCAGGAUGGAAGGAAGGAGAAGGGAUAGGUUUCAGAGUGCUAAGAGUCUGGGGUUCGGGGUGACUCUUCCCACUGCUGAAAAUCAGGGCUCACCUCUUCCUCCAAAUCUGUCUCUCUUGCUUUAGCUCUUCAGCACCUGUUGCCUUCACUAGCAGCUUUUCCUCCUCCUCUUCCCUGCACUCCUCAGAACCAAAGAAUGUGAAGGGGGUCCAUGGAGGUGAGUGAAGCUCUGGCCUGAACCUAUGAGUACCAGCAACUAUACUUCCUCCCCUCCCUACCUCUCUUUCUCUGUCUGGCCUCCCAUUAUCAGAAGUUGUUUUCGUGGCCCUAACAGCUCAAUUCCCAUUCAUCCCCCAGCCUCCCCAAGGUGAGUGGGAGGGGCACCCGGUGUUCGUGGUUCAGGCCCUGACCCACCCUCCCUCGGGUUCCUCUGGCUCUCCAUGCCCUUGCUUUCCCCACAGCUCUCCCUUCUCCACCUUUUGCUCUACUCACAUCUUUCUCCACAGGGCUCACGUCCCCGCGCCCCGGGCGGCCACCUAGCGCCGUCGCCACCGGCCUUCGACGGCGAACUGGAUCUGCAGCGCUACUCCAACGGGCCAGGCGUAAGCGCCGGGUCUCCGGGGAUGGGAGCAGUGGGCUGGUCUGAGAGUCGCACAGGCGAACGGCGCUUCCCCUGCCCUGUAUGCGGGAAGCGCUUCCGCUUCAACUCUAUCCUGGCUUUGCACCUACGGGCGCACCCAGGCGCCCAGGCCUUCCAGUGCCCGCACUGCGGCCACCGUGCUGCGCAGCGGGCCCUGCUGCGCUCGCACCUGCGCACGCACCAGCCUGAGCGCCCGCGAAGCCCCGCCGCGCGCCUGUUGCUGGAGUUGGAGGAGCGCGCGCUACUGCGGGAAGCGCGGCUGGGGAGACCCCGGAGCUCAGGGGGCCUGCAGGCCACCCCUGCCACUGAGGGCCUGGCGCGGUCCCAGGCUCCUUCGUCGUCCGCCUUCCGUUGCCCCUUCUGCAAAGGCAAGUUUCGCACCGCGGCGGAGCGCGAACGCCACCUGCACAUUCUGCACAGGCCCUGGAAGUGCGGCCUGUGCAGUUUCGGCUCCAGCCAGGAGGAGGAGCUGCUGCACCACAGCCUGACGGCCCACGGAGCUCCUGAGCGGCCCCUGGCGGCAACCUCGGCUGCACCCCAGCCUCAGCCUCCACCCCAGCCUGAACCCAGAUCCGUCCCUGAGCCCGAGCCGGAGCCUGAACGUGAGGCAACCCCCGUCUCCGCGCCUGCUGCUCCCGAGGAGCCCCCCGCGCCUCCGGAGUUCCGCUGUCAAGUGUGUGGCCAGAGCUUUACGCAGUCCUGGUUUCUCAAGGGCCACAUGCGCAAGCAUAAGGCCUCCUUCGAUCAUGCAUGUCCUGUUUGUGGCCGCUGCUUCAAGGAGCCCUGGUUCCUUAAGAACCACAUGAAGGUGCACGCCAGCAAGCUGGGCCCACUGCGUGCCCCGGGGCCUGGUUCUGGGCCUGCCCGGGCCCCCCAGCCUCCUGAUCUGGGCCUGCUGGCCUAUGAGCCUCUGGGCCCCGCGCUCCUCUUGGCCCCGGCGCCCACCCCGGCUGAGCGCCGUGAGCCGCCGAGCCUCCUGGGAUACCUGAGUCUGCGAGCCGGCGAGGCCCGGCCCAAUGGUGAGGGCGCUGAGCCUGGGGCUGGCCGCAGCUUUGGAGGCUUCCGCCCACUGCCCUCUGCUCUCCCAGGCCGGGGUCGCCGGCACCGCGCGGAGGAGCCAGACGAGGAAGAGGAGGUGGUGGAGGCAGAGGAAGAGACCUGGGCCCGGAGCAGGGCGGUGGGCCCUCUGGCUUCACUGCCCCCACGCCCAGGCGAGGGCCCAGGGAACUCUGCGACUGCUGCGGGGGCCCCGGCGAGGUCCAGCGCCACGCAGGAAGAGAAUGGGCUCUUAGUUGGAGGGGCCCGGCCUGAAGGGGGCCGGGGGGCCAGCGGCAAGGACUGCCCCUUUUGUGGAAAAUCAUUCCGCUCAGCGCAUCACCUCAAAGUGCACCUGCGAGUGCACACAGGAGAGCGCCCCUACAAGUGUCCGCACUGCGACUACGCGGGCACCCAGUCCGGGUCGCUCAAGUAUCACCUGCAGCGCCACCACCGGGAGCAGAAGAGCGGGGCAGGCCCCGGGCCUCCUCCAGAGCCGCCACCCCCUUCCCAGCGGGGUGCAACCCAGUCGUCGGGAGCCAAACCGGCUGCGCAGCCUGCGACCUGGGUGGAGGGCACAGCGAGCUCCCGGCCUCCCUCGAGCGGCGCCGCGUCGGGGUCCCGUCGGAAGCCCGCCAGCCCCGGGAGGACCCUGCGCAACGGGCGAGGCGGUGAGGCCGAACCCCUCGACCUGUCCCUGCGGGCAGGGCCGGGAGGCGAGGCUGGGCCGGGGGGUGCCCUCCACCGAUGCCUCUUCUGUCCCUUCGCCACUGGAGCCCCCGAGCUCAUGGCCUUGCACCUGCAAGUGCACCACAGCCGCAGGGCUCGGGGCCGAAGGCCGCCCCAGGCCGAUGCAUCCCCGCCCUAUGCCCGAGCACCGUCCGGAGAGACCCCUCCCAGUCCUCCGCAGGAAGGGGAGGAGGGCCCCGGGCUGUUGCGUUCAGGAGAGCCUGGGCUGGGGGGACAAGAAAGGUAGGGAGCCCUCUUACGGGCUGUUAGCUUAGUGAGUUUACCCCGCAGGAGCGGGGCUGCGCUAGAGGUAGUUGGGUAGAGCAGCCAGCAGGGGGCAGCGUGGGACCCAUAUUCCCAGCCCCGGGCGGACCAGAGGUGGAGGGGGCAGAGGGCGUUAGGAGGGUGGGUGGGCGAUACCCACCCAGCCCAAGAGAGUCACAGUGCCUUAGAAGUGGCAGGGGUGAGGAUCAAAGAACGGGGUCCCAGGGCUGGCAGGAGUGUUCCUGGUGAGGGGCAGCUUUGCCAGUCUUUGCUGGUCCAUAGGCGUGAGAGUUUAUUUUUGUACAAUGGGUGGGGGUGGGGGCACUGUACCCUUCUAGCCCCUCCAGGGGCCCUGUAGACGUUGCUAUUUUUGGUACGAUUUCUGUCAUCCCUGUCGCAGAGUUGUGUCCCCAAUAAACAGGUGUCUUGAGGCACAGGGCACUGUGUCUGCC